AAUUAUUAAUACUUUUUGUGAACCAUAGGUGUUGUAAUUAUGUAUACUAUAUACACAAUAAGAUUUUCAUUUAUUUCAAACGAUUACGAAUUACCAUUUCAUGAAUUUUGUUUUCACUUUAAUGUUAUCGUUAGAUAGAAAAUGGAAAAUAAAUAACUAAUGAUUACAAAUAAUAACAGGAAAUAAAAGAUAUCUGUAUAAUAUAAAUAUGUGUUUUGAAUAUAGUACAAUACAAAUUUGAGUUUACUCCAAAAUAAGGAUGUCAGAAAGUCAAAAAGUAGCCGUGGUCACUGGUGCCAAUAAAGGAAUAGGCUAUGAAAUUGUAAAAGGCCUAUGCAAAAAGUUUAAUGGAGUGGUAUAUUUAACGGCGAGAAAUGCAGCUAAAGGGGAAUCAGCAGUCCAACAAUUAAAACUAGAGGGACUAAAUCCAAAAUUUCAUCAACUGGACAUAACAAGUCAGGAUAGUGUGGACACUUUUAAAGAAUACAUAAAAACAACAUACGGAGGUCUAGAUCUUCUAGUAAACAAUGCUGCAAUAUGUUAUUUGAAAACUGCCACUGAACCUUUUGGAGAACAAGCUGAAAAUACUUUCGCAGUAAAUUACUUCGGAACGUUGAGAUUGUGCGAUGCUUUAUUCCCACUGCUUAGAAACAACGCCAAGGUUGUGAAUGUGUCUAGUUCAGCUGGUCAUUUAACAAGGAUUCCUUCCGACAGAAGAAAAGCUGAUUUAGGAGACCCAACGCUUACAGUGGAAAAAUUAAAUGCCUUAGUCAAACAAUUUCUGAAGGAUGCCAAAAAUGGUAAGAAUGUAGAAGAAGGAUGGGGCAACAAUUCCUACGCUGUAUCCAAAGUUUCCUUGACGGCUUUAACCUUUAUCCAACAACGUAGUUUCAACAGUGAGGUUCCCAACCGUAACAUAUCUGUAAAUGCAGUUCAUCCAGGAUAUAUUAACACCGAUAUAAAUGGUCAUCACGGUCCUCAUUCGGCAAGCAAGGGAGCUGAAGCUCCGCUUUUCGUGGCUCUUGAGGCAGAUUUUAAGGGAAAAUAUGUGUGGUCCGAUUCCAAAGUUUUGGACUGGUACUCCAAAACUGCCCCAAGAAAUGUUUAAAAUUAUAAAAUGAAAUGAAUGUUAUUAAUAAAGUUUUAAUCUA